AUGAAGGGGAGCCGUGCCCUCCUGCUGGUGGCCCUCACCCUGUUCUGCAUCUGCCGGAUGGCCACAGGGGAGGACAACGAUGAGUUUUUCAUGGACUUCCUGCAAACACUACUGGUGGGGACCCCAGAGGAGCUCUAUGAGGGGACCUUGGGCAAGUACAAUGUCAACGAAGAUGCCAAGGCAGCAAUGACUGAACUCAAGUCCUGCAUAGAUGGCCUGCAGCCAAUGCACAAGGCGGAGCUGCUCAAGCUGCUGGUGCAAGUGCUGGGCAGUCAGGACGGUGCCUAAGUGGACCUCAGACAUGGCUCAACCAUAGGCCCUGCCACACAAGCAGCCGUGGACACAACGCCCACUAUCACCUCCCACAUGGAAAUGUAUCCUCAAACCGUUUAAUCAAUAAAGCCUCUUCCGCA